GGUUCUGGUGAUAGCAGUCAUUCACAAUCUCAAGGGGAAAGAUAUCAACAUUUCACUGAAAAGACUGAAUUUGCUCUUCAAGAAAUCAUGUCCUCUGGAGGUGCUGAAGAUGAUAUCCCACAGGGAGAGAGGAAAACAGUUACAGAUUUUUGUUAUCUUCUGGAUAAAUCUAAGCAACUGUUCAAUGGGUUAAGGUGAGUGGACUCUUGGUGCUUUGAACUUUUCUUUAGUUCUGCAUUUUUUUUUCUGGCUGAUGUGUGGUAAGUUUCUGAAAAUUAUAGACAAGUCUUGGAUAAUCGGUAUGGCUUGAAGCGCUGGCAAAUAGGAGAAAUUGCUUCCAAGAUUGGGCAGCUAUACUAUCAUUAUUACUUACGCACAUCUGAAACCAGCUAUCUGAAUGAGGCUUUUUCCUUCUAUUCUGCAAUCAGACAGAGAUCAUAUUAUUCUCAAGUCAAUAAAGAAGACAGACCUGAAUUAGUAGUUAAGAAGUUACGAUAUUAUGCAAGAUUUAUAGUAGUUUGUCUUCUUCUCAACAAAAUGGAUGUUGUAAAGGAUCUGGUAAAGGAAUUGUCAGAUGAAAUUGAAGAUUAUACUCACCGAUUUAAUACUGAAGAUCAAGUGGAAUGGAACUUGGUGCUUCAAGAAGUAGCAGCUUUCAUUGAGGCGGACCCUGUAAUGGUAUUAAAUGAUGAUAAUACCAUCGUUAUCACAUCAAAUCGCCUUGCUGAAACAGGAGCCCCAUUGCUGGAACAGGGCAUGAUUGUGGGACAGUUGUCUCUGGCUGAUGCACUCAUUAUUGGUAAUUGUAAUAACCAGGUUAAGUUCAGUGAACUAACUGUUGACAUGUUCCGGAUGUUACAAGCUCUGGAAAGGGAACCAAUGAAUUUAGCUUCCCAGAUGAAUAAACCAGGAAUGCAGGAAUCAGCUGACAAGCCUACUAGACGAGAAAAUCCCCACAAGUAUCUUCUCUAUAAACCAACCUUCAGCCAACUAUAUACUUUCUUAGCAGCAUCUUUUAAGGAGCUGCCUGCCAAUAGUGUGCUUCUGAUUUACCUGUCGGCCACUGGCGUUUUCCCCACAGGUCGUUCUGAUAGUGAAGGUCCUUAUGAUUUUGGAGGUGUACUUACUAAUAGUAACCGGGAUAUUAUUAAUGGAGAUGCUAUCCACAAACGAAAUCAGUCCCACAAGGAAAUGCACUGCCUUCAUCCCGGAGAUCUCUAUCCUUUCACCAGGAAGCCCCUGUUCAUCAUUGUGGAUUCAUCUAAUAGUGUUGCAUACAAGCCUUUAGGAUUCCAGUUUAAUGCAGGUAUAUUAAAAUGUUCCUCAUAUGUAUCUCUUAUUUUUUGCAAAACUAUUAUCUAUAUAUAUAACAUGUUUGUUAUUACAGAUCAAUCUCAGCGAGGUAGCCUCUUCACUCUCUUUUUGAACAAUCCUCUAAUGGCCUUCCUAUUUGUCUCUGGAUUGUCAAGCAUGCGCAGAGGCCUUUGGGAAAAGUGUCAAGAAUAUCUUCGGAAAAUCAACCGUGAUAUUGCCCAGCUACUGACUCAUUCACGUUCAAUAGAUCAGGCAUUUCUCCAGUUUUUUGGAGAUGAAUUUCUUCGCUUGCUCCUCACAAGAUUUAUCUUUUGUUCAGCCACCAUGAGGAUGCACAAGAUUUUUCGGGAAACACGAAAUUAUCCAGAAUCAUAUCCACAACUGCCAAGGGAUGAAACAGUGGAGAAUCCUCAUCUCCAGAAGCACAUUUUGGAAUUAGCAUCCAUUCUGGAUGUUCGAAACGUGUUCUUUGAGAAUACCAUUGAUGACUAUUAAAACAAAAACCCUCUUGUCGAAA